CUCAAAUGUUGAUAACCUGAAGAAAUCUGCGGAGAAUAUUACACGUGAAGGAGGUGGGACAGAGACAGGAAAAGCCCUAAAAUCCAUGGGCCCACAUUUUAGUAGAGCGAUGCAAACUCGUGGUCACGAGGUCCCAAAGUACCUGAUUGUCAUCACCGAUGGGGAAUCCACUGAUAACGUCAUGGCUCCAGCAAAAGAACUGAGGCAGCAGGGUGUCACCAUCUUUGCCAUUGGGGUGAAAGACUCAAACGAAGCUGAUCUACUAGAUAUUGCAGGCGACCCCAAGAGGACUAUCCAGGUCAAUAAUUUUGAUGCCCUGAAAUCCAUCAACGAGGACAUCAUCACAGACAUCUGUACUGAAGAUGCUUGCAGAGAUAUACAGGGUGACAUAUUUUUCUUAGCUGACGGUUCUGAGAGCAUCUCUAAGGAUGACUUCAUACAAAUGUAAGGAUUCAUGAAAGCCGUCAUCAGCACGCCCGCAAUCGAGCAGAAUAAGGUCCACGUCGGUCUCAUGCAGUUCAGCUCUGACAAC